AUGAAGCCUGAUCUGUCUAUUUUGUGGCUUGCCGUUGCAUCAGUUCCUGCGUUAGGACGAAGCCUUUUUUCUGAAGGGCUUGAGUCUGGUCUCUCAGCACGUGUUGGGCAUCCUCAACCAGAGCAUUUUGGCCUUGAGAAGCGACAAUUCAGGCAGCACAGAGCCAGGGUCAACUGGAUCGUCACCCUGGCUCAAGCAACUGACCUUAUCUUGAAUGUCUUUGUGCAAACCGAUUCGAACGGAGGUGUCUCUAUUGUUCCAGAGCAAGUGGAUCUAGGUUGGAUUCUGAGUACUCGCCAGCCAACUGGCGGUACCAGCGAAUAUGCCUCUGUUCUGAGCAUUGUUCGACCUUGGGGAAGGGCUUCUGCCCAGGUCUUCUGGAAUGCGCAAACUGGGUCCUGGGUUGGUGUUGUGAGUGACGGUGUCGUGAACUGGAGGGGCCAGGAGAUGCAACAUUCGAUGCAGUGGUGCAGCUGA